AUAUAAUUUACAUUAUGGGUCAAACUUGUAAGUGUUUACAUAAGUAAACUGAUUCUAGUUUAUUAACAGUAACCAUGGAGCCUUUUUCAUAAUUAAAGAAAUCAGAAAUUAGAAAUCAUGAGAUUUUUUAGAAAUCAUCAAAAUCCACAAAAUAUAACGAUUUUUAUAUAGAAGUAAACUAUUUUAGUUAAUUAAUCAGCCCGACCAAUUUGCUCUUGUGAUUUCUUAAGAAUUAUGUAUUUAUUAAUAAUUUCUUCGGGAAACAUUGAAUUAUGCAAAUGAAGCACUAAGAAAAAAAAUUAUUGAUAUAAGUUGGGAUAUUCAAUACUAUUUAAACACUGCAACUAAUAUUUUUGAAUAUAAUCAAAAAGAUUGGCAAAUUUUCAUAGAAAGCUCUGAAAGAAUUAAAAUAGUAAAUUGCUUUGUUCUAAAUGAUCAAAUAUCCCAAUAAGAAGAAGUGUAAUUCCUUUUAAAUGAAUCUGAUUUUGAUUUCAAGAAGUGGCUAAAAACAAAAAAAAUAAAAAUUGAAAAAUAAUCAAUUCAUUCAAAAUGCCUAGAGCAAUAAUGA